AACCCUUUCAGUGGGACGCGCCAUGUGUGAACAUAAAGAGUGGGAAGGUCCGCCGUCCGAGGAAUGAGGGUUGGACAUGCGAGCAUCUGCCUACUAAUUGCAACAUUGUCAGCGAUUCCUGCGCAACUUCGCUUUCAACAUGGCCUCGCCUCAGUCGCCCAUGCCCGCCCGGGACGCCGAGCAGUCGGUUGAGACUCCCAGCGUGCGUGAUAGCAAUGACGAGAAGACGCAAGCCACCGCCAAUGUCGACGCAGCCUCGUCUGACCAUGCAUCAGACGACCUCCAGCCCGUGCCCCUGUCGUGGAAGCUGGCGUCCAUUGUCCUUGUCACCAUGAUCGGUUUUGGCUCGAGGUGGAGCUCCGGCAUCACGGGCGCCAUGAAGAGCACGAUGAAGAAGCAGCUCAAGAUCAACAACACGCAGUUUUCUCUUCUCGAGGCCAGCGAGGACUUUAUGGUCACAGCCCUUAUGCUUCUCAGCGGUCUCGUCACGGACCGCAUUGUUGGUGCUGGUGCCAUGCUCUACGGCAACGUCAUCUUCACUGUUGGCUCCAUCCUUGUCGCUGGCGCGGCGCAGACCCGCUCGUACAAGUUCAUGAUUGUCGGCCGCAUCAUCAGCGCCCUCGGUGACAUUGCGACUCAGGUCGCCCAGUACAAGGUCUUUUCCUCCUGGUUUGCCCCGUCCAACGGUUUCGCUUCGACCCUCGGCUUUGAGCUCGGCGUCGGCAAGCUGGGUGCCUUUGCCGGCAAGUCUUCAGCCAACAUCAUCGCCAAGAAGACGGGCAAUUUUGCCUGGGUCUUCUGGGUCGCCGUGUUCAUGAACCUGUUCACGAAUGUCGUGACGGGCGUCUUCUACUGGUUCACCAGGGUCGCGCACCGCAGGUACCACGGCGUCAGGGACCCCGCUACCGGCGAGACGCUCGUCGAGAAGAAGAAGAAGAUGGACCUGCACAAGGUUGUCGAGCUUCCCUGGAGCUUCUGGUGCAUCCUCGCCUUUUCUCUCUUCCAGACGAGCACUGCCAAUGUGUUCCUGCAGAACGCCACUGAGCUGGCCGAGCAGCGCUUCGACACAAGCUCCAUCACGGCCGGCUGGUACAGCGCCACCACGCAAUAUGCCGGUUUCUUCAUCGCUCCCAUCAUGGGCGUCGUUAUGGAUCUAUACGGCAACCGCGUGUCCUCCCUCGUCUUCUGCGGCGUUGGCACCUUCACCGCCAUGCUGCUUGUCUGCUUCGCCAGCGGCACCUCGGGCACGGCAGCCUCAUUUGGUGUCUUUGCCGUCGCCGUGAACUUUGGCCCCGUCACCAUCAUUGACUGCAUUCGCACGACAAUGUGGGACAACUCGGUCUUCGGCACCGCCUACGCUCUCAAGGUCACGAUGAACAACGCGUACGCAGCCCCUCGCCCUCCCCCCAGCUCCGCGUACAACGCACCGUUUACUAACACGUGCCCCCCCAGCAUGAACAUUAUCGUCAGAGUCGUCACGGGUGUCAUUCAGGACAACGACAACAACUCGUACGACAAGGUGACGAUUGUCUACGUCGUCCUCGCCGGCCUCUCGGUCGUUGUGUCCGCCGUCCUCAUCCUCCUCUCGUGGAGGUCCGUCGACAUUCGGCACCUGCAGUGGACCAGAAAACACCGCAUCGCGCGCGGCGAGGAGCUCAACGAGCGGAACGAGCGAUUCCACCAGGAAAUGGGCGCCAAGAAUAAGAAGAUCUCCAAGAUCUGCUUCGGCUCCCUCGUGCUGCUUGUCCUUGGCGGAUGGAGUGCGUACUUUUGGGGCGUUGCCACCGGCAACAAUAGCUAA